AUGAGUUACAAAGCGACGGAACAUGAUAUAGAACAGAAUGAUCCAGAAUAUACAGCUUUCUUUAAGAGAUUCGAGUUAAUGGUAAAGAAUGAAUCCAAAAUCGAUGAUAAAUCAAGAUACCUUGGAAUUCUUGGAGCCCUUAUUGGAGCAAAGGCCAUUGAUUACUUUCCAAUCAUUUUAGAAAUGUCUUUGGACAAUAUUCUGACACCAAAUGAGGUUAAGGAAGUUCUUUAUGAAGCAGCAUACAUCCUUGGAAUUGCAAAUGUAUUUCCAUUCUUGAAGUUGACAAAUGAUAUUUUCAAGGCUAAAAACAUUAAUUUACCACUUGAAAAUCAAUCAAAGGUUGCUCCAGGAGAAGGAUUACAGAAAGGAAUUGAAAAACAAGCAGAAGCAUUUGGACCAGGAAUGGAAAAGUUCCACACUAUGGGUCCAAUGGCAAAAUGGGUUGUUAGUUUCAUGUAUGGUGAAUUCUAUACAAGAGAAGUUCUGACUGUUAAAGAAAGAGAACUUGUGCUCUCAUGCAUUUUCAUUGGCCAUGGUGAUGCCGCUCCUCAAUUCAAUCAGCACAUCAAAGCAAACAUUCAUGUUGGAAACAAUAAGAAGUUUUUAAUCCAAAUGAUUCUUUCAUUAGUUCCAUAUUUAGGAUAUCCAAGAACUUUCAAUGCAUUAAAAGUAUUAAAUGACGCCAUCCCUGAUGAAUAA